AUGGCCGCGCCUUCCGAGUCGGACGUCUCGUUUACGGCUCACUUCCACGAUAUGCAGGCUCCCUUAAACCCUCGGGGGCAAUUUUUCACAUCUUCUGACUUCGUCCUACCGGAUGACUUCUCAGCUCAAUACCUCGCCGUGCCUGAGCUCGACCUGCCCUCCGAUCUCGACACAGCCUGGGGCUCAUCCCCUGAGGAGUUCCUGAGCCCCCACGAACCAACAGCUAGCUCGCCCAGCGCAGGCCCUUCAGACCAGACAUGCCGCUUCAAGUGCGCCUUUUGCUCGGCUAGCUUCCAGACCAAGCCGAAGCUCAACGUCCACGUCAAGAAACACACCAAGCCGCACAAGUGCCCCGUCGCAGGGUGCGGCUACGAGGCGGCCGAGAAGAAGAGCCUAGAGCGGCACAUCAUCAGCCGCGCCAAGUGGGACGCCGACCACGCGGGCGUCGGGCUCCAGGGGCUCCAGUACAGCUGCCGGGUCGACGCCGCGUGCACCUACUCCAGCAGCCGGGAGGACAACCGCAACCGGCACGAGAAACGAUGUCCGCGACGGGCGGUGGGGCGGUAG